ACCGGUUUCCAUUCAGCAGCGGUAAGAAAUAUCCCAGUUCUUAUAAGCCGAGAAAAAAAUUACCGGCAAACAUAAAACUUCAUCAACAGUAUUUGACAAACGUUUGACUGGUCCAUUUUUUUAAAUUUCCAUCAUAAAAAUUUUCGUUGAGCAACGGUCCUGAAAAAUGGAUGUUUAUUUUUUCGUCAUUGUGCUGUGCUUGGCGGCUUUUGCACGUGGAAUCCAGUUAAAUCAAGUGAAGCGUCUGCCCGCGGCACAGUACGGGCAAUCCGCAGGAAAAGGCAUCGAGAUCACGUGGGGCACCAAUCAAUCACACAUUGAAGUGCAGUUGGCCUAUCCGACCCUCGGGUGGCUGGCCAUGGGACUGUCACCCAACGGCGGAAUGGACCAAUCAGAUGUGCUGUUUGGAUACGUUGAUGACCGUACUCAUCAACCGGUUGUUCAGGAUCGCUGGUUGACAGCGAAUUUGGCGCAAGGCCGGGUUCUUUUAACGUUGGAUACGAAACAAGACUGGAUGGCCGUGUCCGGCUCGAAGAAUACCACGCACACGUUGCUGCGAGCCGUGCGGAAACUGAAGACAUGUGAUGCGCAGGAUCGCAGCAUAACGGACGCGGAUAUGCCGGUGAUUUACAGCUACAGUUUCCGGCAACCAUUAGGUCCGAAUGCCGUCGUCACCAAGCACGAUGUCCGUGGCUCGGUAACGGUAGACUUCUUCCCGAAAGACUCUGACGAGACGCCGCCUCCGGAACCAGUCAGAAAGACACUGGAAUUUCGUGCUAACAAUGUAAAGGUCACGAAAGGCAAACAGAACCAGUACUACUGCACGCUGAAGAGGAUUCCCGAUCUGGACAAGAAAUACCACGCAAUCGGGUAUGAAGUGUAUUUAAACCCGAAGAAUCUCCCCUAUCUACACCACAUGGACGCGUAUCUCUGCAACGGCCUUACGGCUGACCAAAAACGACGCGAAACGUUUCCUUGCGGACCGGAAGAGGGGUCGCUGAUUAUGUCGGUCUGUAACGAUUUCCUCGCUGGAUGGCAAUCUUUGACCAAAACCAGUUAUUAUCCUCCCGAAGUGGGCGUGCCUUUCACACCGCAAAUGUCAGGGCGGUAUGUUGUCAUCCAGGUGCAUUACGACAACACAGACAACAUCGAAUUCAAUGACGAUUCUGGAAUUAAAUUCUUGCUGACGGAUAGUCUGCGAAAAUAUGAUUCCGGUUUGCUGACCGUUGGUGCCAUGGACGAAGAUCUGUCCUUUGCCAUACCACCACGGCAGCCCGUUUUCCAGAUGCAAGCGCAGUGUUCGGACGCUUGCACCCGCAAAUACUUCCCGAAGGAUGGAAUUCGAAUUUAUUCCAGCACUUUACAUAUGCACACGCGAGGUGUGGGCGCGGUGCUGCGGCAUUUCCGUGGCCAGCGCGAAUUCCCACCGAUCGACGUGGACGGAUCGUACGAUUAUAAUCGUCAAGGCGAACGACCCGUUACACCGCCCCGUCAAGUGCUACCGGGCGACCGCCUGGUGAUGCAGUGUAAUUACACAACCCUGAAAGACGCUGCGCCCGUAUUUGGUGGCGAAGGCCUUAACGAGGAAAUGUGUAUGGUCUUCCUGAACUAUUACCCAAAAAGCGGCCUGUACGACUGUGGUGCAUCGUAUCCAUUAGCACGAUUACUGCAGCGCGGACUGCAAAUCGAUAAACCAACGUUGACAACGCUCGGGAAAACCAUACCAAACGAGAUGUUCAACCGAUUUCUGAAAGGCGAUCUGGAAGAUGACGAACUAGAAAUGGUGACAAGGCAGCUGACCACUCCCGUAACCAAUUACAUUAAACAGACAACAUGGACGCCGCAGAAGGUCAGCGCGUGGGAGGCCUUCUAUUUCGACCGGGCCAGCUAUGACGCGGUUUGCAUUGGCGAAAACGGGCAAGAUUUUAUGGAUGAUCAUCCGCCGGUUAUACGUCCCUAUGUAGUCCAAAAGACGGAAGCCGGAUGCUGAUUUACUGUAGCUGUUUUAUUUUGAAAAUUUUCACUGUCAAUAAAAAAAUACUGAGUGUUCUGAGAGCUGCUAAAAAACAAAAAACCUGGCUGAUUCAUGUUAUAGAGACACUCUUUUUACCGCUGGACCAAAGAAGAA